ACCUAAACAAAGAUAACGUUGUUUUCUUUCCCGUGUAGCUUUGCUUAGCACACAGUACGUUUACAUGUAGGUUAUGGGAUGUGACCGAGUACUGCGCCGGAGUCACGGAUGCCAUAGCAACCCUGCACGUGGCGGAUCGGGACUGUCUUUAGAGGAGCACAUUUUGAGAAACGUAGCACAACGCGUUCAUUUGCUAGUUUCCUCCUCUAUAAACAUCGACGGGGUUUCAACUCGCAAUGUACCUUUGUACCAGAGUCAAAUACAACAUGAAUACGUAUCCGGUGUAUACAAUAACGAAUCUGUGGGUUUAAGUACGAGGGGUGCUUUUAUUUCUAUAGGCACGUUUGUUUACUUCCGGUUUCAGUCGCUAACUCCAGUGCUAUGUGCUACUUCUUGACUUCUUUAGCUGGUCAUAACUCCAAAUUAGUUAUUAGUAUUUGCAUACUUAAUUGUGUAUUAAGCAGUUGUUCUCCCCCUCACCUGUCAAAUUGUUCUUCAGGUCUUCUCAUAUAUCGCUGAUAAAGUUUAAACUCGAUACAUAACUUUAGCUAGCAUAAAGUUAUACGUUAAUUUAGGUUAGCUAACUGCAACACAUUGCCUUCCACAACAGAACCUUGAGGCAUUUAGGUGGUUUUGGUUGAAAAUGAACAAUCAUAUUUAAUUUGUGGUUUUUACAAUUACACAUAGUUAUAUAUUUAUUAUAAUAAAUGAUCCCAAAUAUGAUUAUUUUGACGUAUACAUUAGGUACUUAAUACACUAAACAUGACUUUUGCCAUUUACUGGAGGAACAGCUUGUUUCUCUGAUUUCUAUCUGACUGCUGUUGCCACUGGGUAGUUGUUACUGUUUCAGACACCCAAUUUGUGUGGUUGUCAGUGUACACUCACCAAUAUCUAUCUCUGGCUUUUACCAUCCCGGUCUGUCUUUGUCCACCACACUGCGUCACCCGUCUUCUAACAAUGGUGUUCCUGUCACUGCUGGGCCGAGAAACGGACGAGGCCUCGCAAAUGGAGACGGACGAUGGCGGCGCGCAGAGCUCUUGCUGUGACACAAGAUGGUCGCAGCAACUGUCAGGCCUUCCUCGCAAGCUCCUGCAGCGCCUGAUGCCUUUCCAACGGGAGGGAGUGGAGUUCGCUCUCUCCAGGAACGGACGAUGUAUGAUCGCCGAUGAGAUGGGUCUUGGGAAGACGGUGCAGGCCAUCGCCGUGGCGUACGCUUUCCGGCAGGAGUGGCCCCUCCUAGUGGUGGUGCCCUCGUCCCUGAAGUAUCCCUGGAUCGAGGAGCUGGAGCGGUGGAUCCCCGAGCUGCAGCCUGGAGACAUCAACCUGGUGGAGAACAAGAGCCACACCAUGGGUAUUGGCAGCAGUAAGGUGACGGUCCUGGGUUACGGCCUGCUAACCACAGACGCACGCCCCCUGGUGGAGGCUCUGAGCAGGCAGCGGUUCGCCGUGGUCGUGGUGGACGAGUCGCACUACCUCAAAUCCAGGAACGCGGCGCGAACAAAGAUUCUGGCGCCCCUCAUUCAGGGCGCCAAGCGGGCCAUCCUGCUCACCGGCACCCCGGCCCUGGGUCGGCCUGAAGAGCUUUUCAUGCAGAUUGAUGCCCUCUACCCCAAGCGGCUCGGAACCUGGACUGAUUACGCCAAGAAAUACUGCAACGCCCAUUACAGGUACUUCGGGUCUCGCAGGCAGUGGGACUGUCGCGGCUCGUCCAACCUGGAGGAGCUGCACCGGCGGCUGAGCGAGAUCAUGAUCCGCCGUCUCAAGACCGAGGUGCUCAAGCAGCUGCCCCCCAAAGUCCGCCAGCGCAUCCCCUUCGACCUGCCGAAGGAGGCCGCAAAGGAGGCCUCAGCCAGCUUCGCCGAGUGGGAGAGACUGAUGAAGGGACUGGGGUCGGGGGGCGGCGCCACGGGCAACCCCUUCGCUCAGGUCAUGGGCCUGGUCACACAGAUGUACAAGCAAACGGCUAUCGCCAAGGCGGGAGCUGUGAAGGACUACAUUAAGAUGAUGUUGGAGGCAGAGCAGCUGAAGUUCCUGGUGUUCGCCCACCACCUCACGAUGCUGCAGGCCUGCACCGAGGCCGCCAUCGAGGCCAAGGCCGGUUACAUCCGCAUCGAUGGCAGCGUCCCGUCCUCCGAGCGAAUCCAGCUGGUCAACAAGUUUCAGAGUGACCCGGAGACGCGGGUGGCCAUCCUCAGCAUCCAGGCAGCCGGUCAGGGUUUGACCUUGACCGCAGCAAGCCACGUGGUGUUCGCCGAGCUCUACUGGAACCCCGGCCACAUCAAGCAGGCGGAGGAUCGAGCCCACCGCAUCGGGCAGACCUCCUCGGUCAACGUGCACUACCUCAUCGCCAAGGGCACCUUCGACACCGUCAUGUGGUCCAUGCUCAACAGGAAGGAAACGGUGACCGGCAGCACGCUGAACGGCAGGAAGGGGUACCUGAAGGCCGACGAGGGCGAUAAGGACAAGUGGGAGUUCCUCAACUUCGCCGACGCGUGGAAGCCGAGCGAGAUGGUGCUGCCCCCGGAGGGGAGCGCGGGUGACGCCAAAGACGUGUUCUUCACUCACUUUGAGAAAGAGAAGCAGCACGACAUUCGUUCCUUCUUCUCCCCGGGUGGCAGCGCCAAGGAGAAGGAGAAGAAGAGGAAGAGAAGGGAAGAUGGGGAAUCCUCUCCCUCCAUCUCCUUAGAGAGUGGCAGUGGGACAAACGCUGAAUUGAGAGAGGAGAAGGGAGAGAGGCCCGGCUCCCAGGCCCCCAUCUCACCCGACCAGGACUUCUCUCCGCAGCUGAAGAGGCUCCGCGCGCCCGUGCGGCGGAGGUCGGCGGCCGCCGCCGUCGGCUCCGGUGCCCCGGGCCCCUCUAUGGCCCCGCGGAGGCUGUCGGACUCCCGCCCUCCCGCUGAGAAGUGGGGCUGCGGGUCCUGCACCUACUCCAACAGCAGCCUGCUGCCGUACUGCGAGAUGUGCGAGUUCCCGCGCUCCCCUUCUGCUGUCCACUCAGAGCCACCCGGGCCCCAGCAACCCCCCACAACCCAACUGGGCCAGGCGUGCGACGUCCUCUCCUGCUUCGACAGCGAGCUAGAGCUCAGUCGGGGAAAAGGCUUGAGUCCAGAACCUCGCAAAGACAAACAGGGCGAGGAGGAGGAGGAGGAGGAGGAGGAGGGCAAACAGAAUCUGGGAGAAGCAGAGGAGGAGAAGGACAAACGGCAGCUCAAAGACCUGAAAGCUGCGGCGUCUCCGCUCUCUGCUGCCGAUGCUGAUGGCGACGACAGGGAUGGAGACGCCGGCGACGCCCAUCCCGUCUACCCGGGCCUGCAGUUCUGUGCCAGCCAGUACACAGACCGGAUGUAUCUGUACUCCAAGGACGGGACUCCGUUGAACCUGAGCUUCGUCCCCCUGGACAUCAAGCUUACCAACUGGGAUGACCUGCCCGAGGCCUUCUGCCAGCACCAGGAAAAUCGAACGCAGGUGCUGAGGUUGGUGCAGGAGUGGAGCGGCCUGGCCGCCAUGAAGCAGAAGCUGCUACGACGCGGCGGCCUCCUCUUCCACAGCCCGACUCUGGGCCUGCAGCGGCUGGCCGCCGCCCAGCGCCCUCACUCCAGCACGAAGAGAUACCUCGGCAGGGACGAGGUGGCCCAGGCCUCCCUGAGUAAAGCCCAGCAGGAGGGAGGCAGCAUCCGACUGGUCACCAAGGAGAACAUCUUCACAAAGAGGAGGUCUGCCACUCCGCUGACGCCACCUGCUUCAGAGAGCCGGGGCGCGGACUCCUCCAAGAGGGCGAAGGAGGACGAGGAGGACGAGGAGCAGCUCCCACCGCCAGAGUCCGGCUACCUGCAGGCGGUGGACAGCGCAGGCGUACCCUUGUGUCUAUCCUGCCAGGGGGCCUGCUCCGCCACCGGUGGGGCCUGGGACACUCGGUUCUGCAGCCACAGGUGCCAGGAGGAGUUCCAGUUGCGCUCCAGCCAGACGUACAUGCGCUCGCGGGUGCUGGAGGCGGAGCAGGGCGUCUGUCAGCAGUGCGGCCUCCACGCCCACGACCUGUUUCUGAAGGUCCGCGACGCCCCGCCCUCCCAUCGCAAAGACAUGCUGGAGAACACAUGGCUCGCGCAGCUGUCACUCAAACGGCUGAACGAGAUGAUCCGCGCUCCGGUCGAAGGGGACUUCUGGCAGGUCGACCACAUCCGGCCGGUCUACAGCGGAGGAGGACAGUGCUCUUUGGACAACCUGCAGACGCUCUGCACCGUGUGCCACAAAGCCAGGACGGCUCAGCAGGCCAAAGAACGCAGCCAGAUGAGGAAGAGCGCGGCAGCUUCCAAGGUUGCAUCAGACAUCAGCAGGUUCUUCGUCAGGAAGUGAAAACGAGAGGUUUAGUGAAGGAUUGAAGGUGAAAUUUCCUCGUUGAGUCCUCGCUGCUACGCUUUCUAUAGCGGCGUGGCUGGAGAUGAGUCCUCAAUCACGUUUAGGUAUUAGAAAGGUCGCUCUCUCCGACAGAUUAAGAUAAAGAGGCCGGACUUCCUUCGCAUCUCUACUUUUCUUCUACAUCCGAGUCCGACGGGAUCGGCGGCGUCCCGUCGGACUCGGCAGCACCUGUGGAGAUUUACCCUAAAAAAAAAACAAGAGACGACUGCAUUAAGUGCUAAUUCACCCAGCUCGUCCCCGAACCGUCACGGGCAGCGGUAGUUUUGAUUAAUGACGGCCCUCUUUUUUUGUGCCCGAGGCUGAAAUGGAGCAGGUUGUUUCGAGAGAGAUGCUGCUAUUUUCAGAUUUUUGCAAACUUGGUUGAAAAGUAGCAUGUGAGAGAUGAACUGAACUGGGGGGGCUGGAGGGGGCUUUGUGAAAGUGUCCUCAUUGGUGCCACCUCAACAAGUGGCGCCUUGUAAAUCUUCCUCUUUUUGUUUUUGGGAAGAUGGAUGAACUCUCCCCGGUGAAAUAAAAAGCCUGCUCUCA